UGGCGGACCAAUCCUGACCUUCCCUGCCAGGACCAAUCAUGAUCGAAUAAAACAAGAAGACCUCAGCCGAUUGGUCACUUACCUGGCGACCAUACCCAGUGAGGAUGUGCGUGCUCGUGGCUUCACCGUGGUGGUGGACAUGCGCGGCAGUAAGUGGGACAGCGUCAAACCGGUUCUACGGACGCUGCAGGAGUCGUUUUCCUCCAACAUCCACACGGCGCUGCUCAUCAAACCAGACACCUUCUGGCAGAAACACAAGACCAACCUGGGCAGCGCCAAGCUCAGCUUUGAGACCAGCCUGGUGUCAGUGGAGGGUCUGUCCCGGCUCGUCGAUCCCUCCCAGCUGACCUCUGACCUCGGCGGUUCAUUGGAGUACGACCAUGUCGAAUGGACCGAGCUGCGUCUGGGUCUGGAGGAGUUCAUGGGGGCCGCCACACAGCUGCUGGCCCAGCUGGAGCAGCUGGAGGCCGGGCUGAACCGCAUACCGGAGCCCCAGGAUGUGGACGAGGCCCGCAAACUUCUGGAGGAACACGGCCGUCUCCGUAACACCAUCGCCACGGCACCAGUCGACGCCCUCGAGCGAGAGGGACGGAGCUUGCUCCAGCGCAUGCGCCUGGGCCCCUCCCACAGUGACACCUCCACUGAAGGCAGUGGUGGCGGCGGUGGUAGUCACGGCAGCUGGCUGUCGGGCGGAGCGGACUUCCAGAGUGUUGCGCCAAAGGUUUCGUCUUUGCUGGACCGGCUGCAGGCGGCUCGCACUCACCUGCUGCAGAGCUGGAGCGACAGGAAGCUGCAUCUGGAUCAGGCGCUGCAGCUGCACCUGUUUGAGCAGGACGCCACCAAGAUGUCCGAGUGGAUCGCUCACAGUAAAGAACUGUUCGUGCAGAGUUUGGCGGAGGUCGGGCAGAACCACCAGCAUGCCCUCGACCUCCAGACACAGCACCAGCACUUCACCGCCAACUGCAUGAACGGCAGUGUCAACGUGGACAGCGUGGUUACCGUGGCAGCCAGGCUGGCAGAGGCCGGUCACUAUGGGGCGGAGCGAAUCACCAUGGUGUCGUCGCGGCUUCAGGAAGACUGGAAGUCCCUGACGACGGCGCUGGAGGAGCGCAGCAACACGCUCGCCAUGGCAACCGGCUUCCACCAGGGGGCAGAGCAGUUCCUGCUCAAAGUGGAAGGUUGGGUUCAGGCAUGCUCUGAAGGCCCGUUGCCGUCGGCGACAGCAGAGCUGGAGGCUGCAACGAAAAAACACCAGGAGCUGAAUGAGGAGAUCUCUGCCAACUACACCCAGGUCAGUGAGAGCGGGAAAGCCUUAUUGGACGUCCUCCAACGUUGCCCGGCAACCGAAUCCGAGGAGUCGACGGCCAAACCGGACUUCACAGCUGCCACGCACGGCAUCAUGGGAGUUCUGCACCAGGUCAUGCAGGGACACCACGAGGUGGAGGGGGCGUGGCAGCACCGGAAGCUCCGCCUCCACCAGCGCCUGCAGCUGUGUGUGUUUCAGCAGGAUGUGAGACAGGUGUUGGACUGGGUGGAGCAGCAUGGUGAAGUCUUCCUGAACAAACACAGCGGGGUGGGGAAGUCUCUGCACCGAGCGCGAGCGCUGCAGAAACGCCACGAUGACUUCCAGCAGGUGGCACAGAACACGUACACUAACGCAGAGAAGCUCCUGGAAGCAGCCGACCAGCUGGCUCAGUCAGGAGAGUGUGAGGAGGAGGAGAUCUACCAGGCUGCCAGGGACCUGGAGCUCCGCAUGCAGGCCUUCAUCCAGAGGGUGGAGCAGAGGAAGCUGCUGCUGGACCUGGCUGUGUCCUUCUACACCCACACCAAGGAGCUCUCAGUGUGGAUGGAGGGUCUCCAGAAGCAGCUGACCUCUGACCCGUGUGUUUGUCCCGACACCGUAGAGUCUCUUCAGUCUCUCAUCAGUCAGCAGCAGCAGCAACAGGCCAACACACAGGAAGCUGCGAUGAGUGUCAUCCGGGAAGGAGAAGACCUCAUCCUGCAACUCAGGCCCCAGGGCAGCUCAGUAGCUCACGUGGAGACGGUACUGCAGCAGCUGGAGGAGUCUCACGUUCAGCUGGAGGAACUUUUCCACCAGAGGAAGAUCCGACUGGACGUGUACCUGCAGCUACGCAUCCUGCAGCAGUGCACGCUGGAGGUAACGGGGGAAAUGGAUGCCUGGAAGCAGGAUCUCCAGAAACAGUCCCAGGACUUCUCUGCAGAGAAGCUAGCAUCGCCGCGCAUGCCAGACGCAAACCAGGAUAAGCUUGCCCAGGACAAGCUGGGACUGGGCCAGUCGCGGCUGGUGGAGGCUAGCCCAGAGGUGCUAACGCUAGCACAGCAGCGCAUCCACAGGCACAUGGAGCGACGGCUGGCCAUGAACAACAUGAUCUAUGAGGUCAUCCAACAAGGUCAUGACCUUCAGCAGUACAUAACCGAGGUCCAGGCAUCAGGUAUUGAGCUGUCUGAGGCGGAGGGGGGUCUCUCAGCUCAGGUGGACGAGCUGCAGCGCCUCCUGCAGGACAAACAGAAGGAGCUGCAGCAGAUUGCAGAUCACACACACACACACCUGGAGCAGAACCUGCAGCUGAGACACCUGCAGAGUCAGGUCAAACAGGUGCUGGGCUGGAUCUCAGAGGGGGAGGUGAUGUUGUCGUCCUGCAUGUUGAACUCCAGCUGUCUGUCUGAAGCUGAGCAGCUGCAGAGGGAGCACGAGCGCCUCCAACAGGCCAUAGAGGCUCUCCUCCACGCAGACUCCCUGCAGAGGACUCACCAGGUGGCUCUGGCGCUGCAGCAGAGGGCGGAGCUUCUGGUCAGGUCAGGUCACUACGACCCAGAUGCGGUGCGGUCUUGUGCCCAGACGGUGGCGCUGCACUGGCAGACUCUGAUGCUGAGGAUUGAAGACCGACUCAAACUGGUCAACGCCUCCGCAGCCUUCUACAGGACGUCCCAGCAGGUGUGUGGGGUGCUGGAGAGUCUGGAGCAGGAGUACCGCAGGGAGGAGGACUGGUGUGGAGGUGGAGAGAGACAGCCGGAGCUCCUCCUGCCGCUGGUCAGUAAACACAUGGAGCAGAAGGAGGCGUUCCUGAAGGCCUGCACUCUGGCCAGACGGAACGCCGAAGUCUUCCUCAAGUACAUCCACCGUAACAGCGUCACCAUGGCAAACAUCUCAGGCCACAGCGUCACCGUCUCCGGGGUGACGGGGGUCACCGAGGUCACGGGGCACUCCAGGGUGCCGGAGCAACAGGUCAAAGGUAUCCUCAGUGAGCUGCUGCAGAGGGAAAACAGAGUUCUUCAUUUCUGGACUUUGAAGAAACGUAGACUGGAUCAGUGCCAGCAGUACCUGAUGUUCCAGAGCCACGCCCAGCAGGCUCUGGAUUGGCUGCAGCAGUCAGGUGACCACUACCUGUCCACGCACACGUCGCCAGGGGCAACGGUGACCGAGACGCAAGAACUGCUGAACCAGCACCGAGAGUUCUGCGUGUCGGCCAAGCACACACAGGAGAAGGUUCACCUGCUCAUCCAACUGGCUGAGAGCAUGCUGGCCAAAGGCCACGCCCACCGCGCUGAGCUCCGCCGCUGCGUCUCCACUGUGGAUAAACGUUACCGCGACUUCACCGUCAGGAUGGGGCAGUACCGUCACCUGCUGGAGACGGCGCUCGGAGGCUGCUCGCAGGACAAUAAGGACUUGGAGCUGGAGCUGAUCCCCAACAGUCUGUCUGACUCGGACCCCGAGGUCAACCUGUCUGACCCGAGUCACCAAGUCAGCGACGAGAAGAGACGCUCCGCCCGCAAGAAGGAGUACAUCAUGGCUGAACUCCUCCAAACAGAGCGAGUCUACGUCAGAGACCUGCAGGAGUGUAUCGAGACGUACCUGUGGGAGAUGACGAGCGGCUCCGAGGACGUCCCACCUGGUCUGUCCAACAAGGACGAAAUCGUGUUCGGAAACAUCCAGGACAUCUACGAGUUUCACAACAGUAUUUUCCUGAAGGAGCUGGAAAACUACGAACAGCUUCCUGAGGACGUCGGACACUGCUUCGUUACCUGGGCGGAUAAGUUCCACAUGUACGUGACGUACUGCAGGAACAAACCGGACUCCAGUUUACUGAUCCAGCAGCACGGCGUCGGAUUCUUCGAGGAGGUGCAGAGGAGACACGGCCUGGCUAACUCCAUCUCCUCCGCUCUCAUCAAACCAGUUCAGAGGAUCACCAAAUACCAGCUGCUGCUCAAGGAGCUGUUAGCGUGCUGCGAGGAGGGGAAAGGAGAGAUAAAGGAAGGUCUGGACGUCAUGCUGAGCGUCCCCAAGAGAGCCAACGACGCCAUGCACGUUAGCAUGCUGGAAGGUCUGGAGGAGGGACUGGAGGUGCAGGGCGAGCUCCUCCUGCAGGACUCCUUCCUGGUUUGGGAGCCUAAGUCCCUGAUCAGGAAGGGGCGGGACAGACACCUCUUCCUGUUUGAGCUGUCACUCAUCUUCAGCAAGGAGAUCAAAGACUCAUCGGGACGAACCAAAUAUCUGUACAAGAGCAGGCUGAGGACCUCAGAGCUCGGGGUCACGGAGCACAUAGAAGGGGAUCCCUGUAAGUUCGCUCUGUGGGUCGGACGAACGCCAACGUCCGACAACAAGACGGUCCUGAAGGCGUCUUCGCUGGAGCUGAAGCAGGAGUGGGUCCGCAGCAUUAGACAGGUGAUCCAGGAGAGGCGGGGACACCUGCGGGGGGCACUGCGGGAGCCCAUCCCCCUCCCCAAGACACCAAACCCCACCCUGGGGCGACAGCGCAGCAUCAGCCGCAGGGAGACCAGUGAGGACGCAGACAGUCUGGGUGAUGCCAGCAGUCAGCCUGACACCGUCUCCAUCGCCUCCCGAACGUCACAAAACACUGCAGACAGCGACAAGCUCUCAGGAGGCUGUGAGUUAGUGGUGGUGUUGUUGGAUUUCUCCUCCGGAGGACCAGGAGAGCUCAGCGUCCGCUGUGGACAGACUGUGGAGCUGGUGGAGCGCUCUGCCGAACGGCCCGAGUGGUGUCUGGUCAGAACGACAGAUCAAACGCCUCAGCAGGAGGGUUUACUGCCGAUGAGCGCCCUCUGUCUGUCACACUCCCACAGUGCAGCCGACAUGGAGGGGCUCAUCCCGGCCUCCACCACCUCCUCCAGCACCUCCUCUACGUGCACCACCACCUCCUCCUCCUUCAACUCGUCCUCCACCACAACCACCUCGUCCUCCAACGCGUCCAACUCAUCCUCUAACGUCAGCGCUGGGAGGGACUCCGCCCUGUACGGCUCCGAAGGUUCAGGGCUCCAGACCACCGCCCAAAGUGCCACCUCCCCCACGGUGUAUGGAGUGGGCGGGGCUCCAGGUGGCGCCGCCGGCUCUCCGGGGUCCAAACGCAGUGGAUCUGGAACCGGAAAUACGCUGAAGCGCUGGUUGACCAGUCCGGUCCGCAGGCUGAGUCAGGGAAAAGCUGACGGACAGAAGAAACCUCCAAUCAGAACCAGGAGGCGGGACAACAGGACGGAGCUGGCCACGCCCCUCACCGGCAACGCACAGACGGCGAGGAAGGAGGAGGCGGGGCAGAGUGGAGGGGAGGAGGAGCCAGAGGAGGAGAGCAGCACCCCGCUACCACCUCCCAUGCAGAUCAUCAAAGACCCAAACAACCCCGAGGCUCUGGACUCGGAUCAGGGCUCUAACGAGUCGGACACGGAACAGAGGAACAAAGCCCUGAGAGGACGCAUGUUUGUGGUCAACGAGAUGAUCCAAUCAGAGAAGGACUACGUGAAGGAUCUGGGCGUGAUCGUGGAGGGGUUCAUGUCCAGGCUGGAGGUCCGAGGGAUCCCAGAGGACAUGAGAGGAAAAGACAAGAUCGUUUUCGGAAACAUCCAGCAGAUCUAUGACUGGCACCGCGACUUCUUCCUGGUGGAGUUGGACCGCUGCGUUCAGAAUCAUGACCUGCUGGCCGAUCUCUUCAUCAGACACGAGCGCCGCCUCCACAUGUACGUGGUCUACUGUCAGAACAAGCCGAGGUCAGAGUUCAUCGUCAUCGAGUACGAGACCUUCUUUGAGGAGAUCCAGCACGAGAUCAGCUGCAGGAUGUCGAUCAGUGACUAUCUAAUCAAACCCAUCCAGAGAAUCACCAAAUACCAGCUGCUGCUGAAGGAUUUUCUAAAGUACACGUCUAAAGCAGGACUGGACUGUGACGAGAUCGAGAAAGCCGUGGAGCUGAUGUCGCUGGUGCCGAAGCGCUGCAAUGAUAUGAUGAACCUGGGACGCCUGCAGGGAUACGAGGGGAAGUUGACGUCUCAGGGGAAGUUGCUGCAGCAGGAGACCUUCUGUGUUUGGGAGCAGGACGGAGGAGUUUUAUCUCGCAGUAAAGAGCGCCGAGUUUUCCUGUUCGAACAGAUCGUCAUUUUCAGCGAGCUGCUGCGCAAAGGUUCCAACAACCCGGGGUACCAGUUCAAGAAUAGCAUCAAGGUGAGUUACCUGGCGAUGCAGGACAGCGUGGACGGGGAUCCCUGUAAAUUCGUCUUGUGGUCUCGUGGCUCUGCGGAGCGCUUCACACUGCAGGCGUCCUCCGCCAGCAUCAAGUUGACCUGGGUGGAGACGAUAGCCACCCUGUUGGACGCACAGAACAACUUCCUGUCAGCUCUUCAGUCUCCCAUUGAGUACCAGAGGAAGGAAGGCGGGAUCUCCGUGACCCGCCCUUUGUCGUCAGGGCGACCACCGUCAGCUCCACCUACACCCAACGGCCACGCCCCUCAGCCUCAUCCUGAGAGCGAGCAGGACGACCAGGAGCUGGUACUGGUGCUGCAGGACUUCGUGGCGGUUCGGGAGGACGAGAUCUCUGUGUUUCGAGGGGAGAAGGUUCAGAUUUUGGCGUCCAACCAGCAGGGUCAGAGUUUGGUGUACCGGCCAGCCAACAGCGACUCGCCGGCCGCUGAGGGCUGGGUGCCACGCAGCGUGCUCAACACACACUGACACAUACACAAUAACACCCCGACAGCAGAGUCCGGUUUACGACAUGUACACAUAUGACAUACUGCACGCUAUCAGGGCCCAAGGCAUGUUGGGAAACUUUGUAUGAUGGUGAGAGGUGGAGCCUGUAGAUGGCGCCUAAAGGUCGUUCAGUACAACCCAAAAAUAUUGCAACAACUGCUGACCAUGGUGACGCCCUGAUGUUUCCUGCGGUGCCACCAUCAGGGAAACUUUCCGUUUGGCCAGGACGACUACACCUGUUAAUGUCUCACCAUUGUCGGUCACUUCCUGUUAAUUUCUCGCCAUUGUCUGUUACUUCCUGUUCAUUUUUUUGCCAUUGUCUGUUACUUCCUGUUAAUUUCUCACCAUUGUUGGUCACUUCCUGUUAAUUUCUCGCCAUUGUCAGUCACUUCCUGUUAAUUUCUCGCCAUUGUCAGUCACUUCCUAUUCAUUUUUUUGCCAUUGUCAGUUACUUCCUGUCAUUUUUCUCGCCAUUGAAAGUUUGAGUUAAAACUACCGUGUGUUUUAGAAAAUAAAGCAAAGACUUGAAACAAAAUAAAAGCCCCGCCCCCUCAGAUCUAUCUGGUGGCCCAUCUGCGGGGUCCCGACCCUCAUGUCGGGACACGUAUUGCCAUCUCUAGGCUCCGCCCUCGGGCUCUGAUUACCUGCAGUAUUAAAACACACACACACUAAUCCCAGCAGCAGGUACUGUUAGUCUCCUCCCUCCUUCCUGGUGCUUCAACAUUCAGCCAAAACACACCUCCGUCCUCGCCUCGUCCAAUCAGAUGCAGGCGUCAGGUCGGCCUCCAGUUUACUGCCCCCGAGCAAAACCGAUCGCACUCUGACAACAUCACAAACUGUUCCCUGUGUGGGUCAACGGGAGGGAGACCGCAUCAUCAUCAUCAUCACCAGACAGACUGGGAUUCCAGGAAGCUGCGGUUGCCUAGCAACAAGAGACAAUAUAUAAAAAAAAUAAAUAAUAAAAGUUAAAAAAAAAAAGGCUCCUGGAAGAGAAGAGGUGAAAAAGACCCGUCAGCCAAUCAGAACUGAGCUCUCUCUGCGUGUCAUCCUGUUAAAUAGUGUGUAUAAACAGACUGAGGACACACACACACACUCCAUACACACACACACUACUGCUAUGACGACGACGAUGAAGAUGAAGAUUAACUACGAUGAUAAUUAAGAAUAUUAGAAUCUGUUUUUCACCUCAAUUAGAAACGUUUGUCAUAUUAAUGUUUGUGUGUGAGAGAGCGCGCGCGCGUGUGUGUGUGUGUGUGCGUGUGUUAGUGACGACGUCCUGUGUGUGCGUGUGUUUUUCCACGGACAGUUAGGUGGUGUCCCGGUGUAGCGUUGCCAUGACGACUCGUGUUUGGCGGUGACACCAGGUUUUUUUGUUUGUCUUUUUAGCGGACCAGAGCCGCCCCCCCCCCCCUCUUCUUACCCCCUCCUUCUCCUCUCUGCCGUUACCAUAGCAGCUGGCUGCGGCAGGGGCGGAGCCUGCAUGGCGCCGCCUGCCCCCUCCUCCCCGCCCCAGCCCCCCCUCCCUGUGCGUGCAGCUCUGGUUAGUUUGGAUAUUAUGCAUUUCUUGUUCCUGUAAAUAGACCAGACCUCCAACUGCUACUCCAAACUAACUCUGGACACUGUCUGUCUCUCUGUCCGCCCGUCUGUCCGUCCGUCUGACAGACAGAGGCGCAGCGACUCCACCUACUGUGACCGUCUGUUUCUACUGAAGCUGUAACCUUCCACACGCUCUCUACCUGUCUCUCUCUGCCUGUCUCUCUACCUCUCUGUCUUUCUCUCUCUGUCUCUCUGGUGCCAUUCUCAGACAACACCCCGGUCCUUAAGGAGCUACGCCGCCUCCCGAGUGCACGACGGGGGCGCCGAGGCGGGAAGUAGUGCACUGUGAAGGGUGUAGGGAGAGACGCAGCAAACUAGGAGGGUGGAAUGCUGCCUUCAAAUGCAGCUGGUGAGGUUGAAUUUUCGAAAACCAGUGUGGUGCUGGUCAAGAGCAACACACACCGGUACAAAACAAACACGUAGCUUCUCAUGUGUUAUCGUCCAACGCCUUCACAGGUCGACAGUCCACGUGUUAAUGUUUCAUUCAUUCAUUUUCCAUAACUGCGUAUCCUGUUAGGGGUCACAGGGGGCGGAGCCUAUCUCAGCUGACACUGGGUGAGAGGCAGGGUUCACCCUGGACAGGUCACCAGACUAUCACAGGACUGACACAUAGAGACAGACAACCAUUCACACUCACAUUCACAC